GCGAACUGUUCGAAAGGAUCCAUUUGCAGAAAUGAACCCAAGAUCCCACCGCUAGUUCUAAUACCGAACCAAAUCUCGCGAGAUCGGACGAGGGGAUAAGUUAAGGAAACAUGGCGAUGUCUAAUUUGUUAAAGAACAAGGGUUCCCUCCAGUUUGAGGACAAGUGGGAUCUUAUGCGCCCCAUUGUCCUUAAGUUGCUUCGCCAAGAGUCUGUAACUAAGCAGCAGUGGUUCGAUCUUUUCUCAGAUGUUCAUGCAGUUUGUCUAUGGGAUGACAAAGGACCAGCAAAGAUCCACCAGGCCCUUAAGGAGGACAUCUUAGAUUUUAUUAAGCAAGCUCAAGCGAGAGUGCUCAGUCACCAAGAUGACACGGCGCUCCUCAAGGCUUACAUCGUGGAGUGGAGGAAGUUCUUCACGCAGUGUGACAUUCUGCCCAAGCCAUUCUGCCAGCUGGAAAUCACCCUGAUGGGCAAACAAGGCAGCAACAAGAAGUCAAAUGUGGAAGACAGCAUUGUUAGGAAGCUGAUGCUGGACACUUGGAACGAAUCUAUAUUCUCCAACAUCAAGAAUAGAUUGCAGGAUAGUGCAAUGAAGUUGGUCCACGCCGAGCGGCUGGGAGAGGCGUUUGACUCGCAGUUGGUAAUCGGGGUCAGAGAGUCAUAUGUGAACCUGUGCUCCAAUCCUGAUGAUAAACUGCAGAUCUACAGGGAUAACUUUGAGAAAGCCUACCUAGACUCCACUGAGAGGUUCUACAGGACACAGGCACCGUCCUACCUGCAGCAGAAUGGAGUACAAAACUACAUGAAAUAUGCUGACGCUAAGUUAAGGGAAGAGGAGAAACGUGCACUACGAUAUUUAGAGACACGACGUGAAUGUAACUCUGUACAAGCACUUAUGGAAUGUUGUGUGAAUGCACUUGUAACGUCAUUUAAAGAAACUAUCUUGGCUGAAUGUCCAGGCAUGAUCAAACGGAAUGAGACUGACAAGCUGCACCUCAUGUUCUCUCUGAUGGAUAAAGUUCCCAAUGGGAUUGAGCCCAUGCUGAAAGACCUUGAGGAGCACAUCGUCAGUGCUGGACUGGCAGACAUGGUGGCCGCUGCCGAAACCAUCACAACUGACUCUGAGAAGUACGUGGAGCAGCUCCUGACUCUGUUCAAUCGCUUUAGUAAAUUAGUUAAGGAAGCGUUCCAGGAUGAUCCUCGGUUCCUGACAGCCAGAGACAAAGCAUACAAAGCAGUUGUGAAUGAUGCCACAAUAUUUAAGUUGGAGCUGCCAUUGAAACAGAAGGGAGUGGGCCUCAAAACACAACCAGAGUCAAAGUGUCCAGAGCUGCUCGCCAAUUACUGUGACAUGCUGCUAAGAAAAACACCACUCAGCAAAAAGCUGACCUCAGAGGAGAUCGAGCUCAAACUGAAGGAAGUGCUGCUUGUGCUAAAAUACGUCCAGAAUAAGGAUGUGUUCAUGAGGUACCACAAAGCCCACCUGACCAGGCGUCUGAUCCUGGACAUCUCAGCGGACAGUGAGAUCGAGGAGAACAUGGUUGAGUGGCUCAGGGAAGUUGGGAUGCCUGCUGACUAUGUGAACAAGCUAGCUAGAAUGUUUCAAGACAUCAAAGUGUCUGAAGAUCUUAACCAGGUUUUCAAGGAGGUGCACAAACACAACAAGCUGGCUUUACCAGCGGACUCUGUGAAUAUAAAGAUCUUGAAUGCUGGAGCGUGGUCACGCAGCUCAGAGAAAGUGUUUGUGUCUCUGCCCACCGAGCUGGAAGAUCUCAUCCCUGAGGUGGAGGACUUCUACAAGAAGAACCACAGCGGCCGCAAACUCCACUGGCACCACCUCAUGUCCAAUGGCAUUAUCACUUUUAAGAAUGAAGUUGGGCAGUACGACCUGGAGGUCACGACCUUCCAACUGGCUGUACUUUUUGCCUGGAACCAAAGACCACGAGAGAAGAUCAGCUUUGAGAAUCUGAAACUUGCCACUGAGCUGCCUGAUGCUGAACUGAGACGAACUCUCUGGUCUCUUGUUGCCUUCCCAAAGCUCAAACGUCAGGUGCUGUCAUAUGAACCUCAAGUGAGCUCUCCCAAAGACUUCACGGACAGUACAUUGUUUUUCGUUAACCAGGAAUUCUCCUUGAUAAAAAAUUCCAAGGUUCAAAAGAGGGGGAAGAUAAACCUAAUCGGCCGGUUGCAGCUGACGACGGAGCGAAUGAGAGAAGAGGAGAACGAAGGCAUUGUCCAGCUUAGAAUAUUAAGAACACAGGAGGCCAUUAUUCAGAUAAUGAAGAUGCGUAAGAAGAUCACAAACGCUCAGCUGCAGACUGAGCUGGUGGAGAUCCUCAAGAACAUGUUCCUCCCUCAGAAGAAAAUGAUCAAGGAACAGAUCGAGUGGCUCAUUGAGCACAAGUACAUCAAGAGAGAUGAGACGGACAUUAACACCUUCAUCUACAUGGCGUAGCGCGGAAACAACUCCGGAGUUUAUCUGUAACCGUUCCCAAGGACGACGUACCUGUCGAGGAUCAGCAGCGGGGGGAGGGAUGGUGUGAUGUCUCGAAGAUACUGCUUAGGCUGCUGGUCUGAUGGCGUAGUCAUGAGCUUGUUUUAACGACAGGCAGUCACACAUCAGAUAAAAAUGUAUUUAAAAAAAAUAAAUCCCUGCCUUACCUUACAGUGAAGACACAUGGGGAUCAGAAUAGGAGAUACAAAAAAAAUAGGAAAAAAGACAAAAGGAUUCUAUUUUUGCCAUUGGUAGUCAGUAUGCAUGGUGGGCGUUUGGCCUUUUGUAUGUGUACAUCUCCAGCAGCAUGCAGUCAGUGGGAAUGUCACUUUCAUCCGAGGACUUGCUUGUGUGUGCCGUGUUACGAGUGUUUUUCUCCCUCCCACAUCCUCCGUCUGGACACCGCCACCUCCCAUCCUCACCGCACAGCCCAGGACAAGAGCCGUCCCAUCGUCGCCACUGCAAACACCUGGCCGUGUACGCCGACACCGGAGUCACUGAGGAGCGCGGGCCGGGAUGGAGGACUAGCAUUAGCACUUUUCACACUCUCCACCAUAAUAUGUCAGCAUGGCUAUAUUUGGGUUGUUUUUCACGUCUUUUGUUUCGUUUUCACUUUUUUCUUUGUCAAAUUUUGUAGACGUUGAACCUUCUUUAAGCUACAAAAGAUUUGAUUGGCUAAUUGCAGUUUAGACUUCAAGUUACGCUUCAAAAUGCCAGGAAAUGCUGGUGUUCAGAGGUCACAAAGGGUCAUGGUCUGCGGAGAAAAUCUAGCGGUUUGAUGGUUUGUUUUGUUUUCGUAUGUUUUGGUGUAAAUGCAUUAUCAGUGUGCACCGAGUCAGAAGGUCAGUGUAAUGUAAUUGCAGUUAAUUUUUUUGUUUACAACUCUUGUGCAGAAUUUUUCCGUUAUCGGUCUCGAAUAGCGACUGAGAUGCCGACUGAUUUGUUCCUGGAGCCUGUGAUGAGGUGGCCCCGUAACAUAGCCAACUCAUUGAACCUGUUGAAUUUGAGUCACAGCUCCAAUUUAGUCUCAUUGCCCCAUCACAGCUGAGCACACACAAGCAUUAAAGCACAGUUACAUGAGUCCGAGUAAAGCAAGCGCCGCUCCAACCUCAGGUAAUGUUAUUUUAGUAGGUUGUGCUAACUUUCAUUAGCGCCGUGCGGUUCUUGCUAAACACACAUUUGCCAAAGCAAAGCACAAGAGUGCUGAUCUCAAAAUCAUUGUUGUGAUUGUUUCCCCUCUAUUUCCGAGGUUCCCUGAGAAAGCCUCUUCAUUUGUCGCCACAUUUAGUGUGAAAUGUUUUCCUCUUUUUUUUAUCCUAUUAUGACCGAGUGUCUCUGAACAAAAGCCUGUGCAAUUACUGAUCAGCUGUUUAUUAUAAUCAAAUGAACUGUCUCAUGAUUAUUAGCAUUUAAGUAAGUGCAAAAAAGUAUUAACUUUUAUUUUCAAAUAUUGACAGUCUUUGGUCAGUCUAGGAUGUAGUUUUUUCAGUGGGUUUGACAUGACGGUUGAAUCAAACACCAAUGUUUUCACCAUAUAUCAGCCUUUCAGUGCGUUGUCUUUGGAAAAAAUACCAUUUUCACUGGCUGAUGCCAUCACGUUUUGAUUGUAUAUUCAUCCAAACACAAAACUAUGGAAGCUUGUUUCCGCCACUCAAUUAAAAAUAAAAAAGGUAUAAUUGCGACUUUUAAUCUCACAAUUCUAACCUUUUUUUCUCACAAUUGUGAGUUUACAUCUUGCAAUUCUGACUCUUUUUCUCAGAAUUGCGAGAUAUAAACUCACAGUUGUGUGAUUAUAAACAAUUGCGUGUUAUAAAGUCAGAAUUGUGAGAUAUAAACUCGCAAUUCUGAGAAAAAGCCAGUCUUUUUUCCUCAGAAUUUUAUAACUCGCAAUUGCGAGUUUAUAUUUCACAAUUCUGAGAAAAGUCAAAAUUUGCGAGAAGUCAGAAUUGCGAGUUUAUAUCUCGCAAUUGUGAGUUUAUAACUUUAAAAUUCUUUCUUACAAUUUUGAGUUUAUAUCUCGCAAUUGUGAGUUUAUAACGCGCAAUUGUGAGUUUAUAACGCGUGUUAUAGUACUAUGUUAUAGUACUAGUACUAUGAUUUUAUAAUAUGAGUUUAUAACGCGUGUUAUAGUACUAUGAUUUUCAUAUUUAUCAAUAACAGUUGGUGUUUGUUGUGUGCUUGUGUUAUGAGUUUAUAACGUGCAAUUGUGAGUUUAUAUACAAUUGCACGUUACAAUUUUGAGUUUAUCUCACAAUUCUGACUUUUUACUCACAAUUGCGAGUUAUAAAGUCAGAAUUGCGAUAUAAAGUCAGAAUUGCGUGAUAUAGUCGCAAUUGCGAGAAAAAAAAGUCAGAAUUGCGACUUUACAUAUCGCAAUUCUGCCUUUUUUUCUCGCAAUUGCGACCUUUUAUCACGUAAUUCUGACUUUUUAACUUGCAAUUCUGACUAUAUCACACUACUGACUUUAUAUCUUGUAAUUCUGAUAAAAAAAAAAGUCAGAAUUUUGAGAUAAAAAGUCACAAAUUUAAUUGCGAGUUGGCAUCUCACAAUUCGGACUUUUUUUUCUCAGAAUUCGAGUUAUAAAGUCAGAACUGCGAGUUAUAAAGUGAGAAUUGCGUGAUAUAGUCGCAAUUGCGAGAAAAAAGUCAGAAUUGUGUGAUAUAAAGUCAGAAUUGCGAGUUAUAAAGUCAGAAUUGCAAAAGUUAUAUCACGCAAUUCUGACUUUAUAACACGCAAAUGAGUUUAUAACUCGCAAUUGCGAGUACACCAAAAUUUGAGAAAAUUACCUUUUUGAUUUUUUAUUUCAUGGCGGAAACAAGCUUCCAUAAUACUCAAACUAAAGGGGCAAAUAAUGAGUUUCUGAGGAGGGCCCAGUGAAAUCCACAAUGAUAUUUCUAUAACAUUGCUGCAGAACAGCUGUCCAUCUCCACUAUGACAUUUCCUGUCAGUUAUGUCCUCCGUUUUUAAUACAGAUCAGUCACUCAUUUGUAUCCCUAGUGUUUGAUUUCACAUGGAAACUCAAAAUAGUGAAAAGGUUGUUUAUAAGAUCCAGAUGUACAACGGUGUUUGAGAACAUUGUGAUAUUGGAUUGUCCUCUUUAUUUAUUGAUAACUUAAGCAUGUUUGAGAGGACGAGAGAGAGAAAGAGUGUGCGUGUGUGUGUGUGUGUGUGUGUACGCUUAGGAGCCUUUUACAACAGGGUGAUGUCAUAUCCUGUUUUGUUUAUGCAUUUUCAUUUUUGGAAUUUAAAAUUGAUGUUUCUGCUGACUGUACGUUUUCCUCUAUCAAUUACUCUAGGUAAAUACAUAUAAUUUUAUUAGGACAAGCACUAUGAUUUUCAUAUUUAUCAAUCACAUUUGGCGUUUAUUGUGUGCUUGUGUUAUUCUGGAGCCAAUUGGGUUUUUUAUUUUUGAAUGACAUCAAAUGAAAUGCAGUCCCAACAGCUGAAAUGUCAGUUCAUUGUAAUGGAAGAUGAUGAAACUGAAUAAAAAUUGUGUGAAUGACCUUACAAGGGAAUGCUACAUGAAAUUAUGAAUUAUACUUUAUUGUUUGCAAAUUGUUUUUUCUGAUGCACAUGGAAUAUUCCAGUAACUUGAGUCUGUGCACAUUAUUCGGUGAUAUAAUGCAAUAAGUGAGCGUGAAACAAAACAUUUUGAAAUCUGUUGAUGGAAUUUUACAUAAUAAAGUUGCAUACACAUAUAAACACACUAUUAAGUUGAUUAUAUUGUACUGAAAUGGGGGUGAUAAUUUUUUUUUCAACUUUGUGGGUGGCACAUCAGUAUUUUCAUCAUUCUAAAUAUGAUAAUGUGUACUUAUUGUCCUUUUUUGUCACUCCAGUAUAUCACAUACUAGGAAGAGUGGUGUUUGUGUCUUAUUUAUCACUCUCCUGUUUUGUAGAGUGUCUUCCAUCAUUGUCACAGCAUUAAAGUUUUAUUCAUUACAAACGCGAAAUGAUCUUUAUACAAACACUGACUAAAAGUGUAAAGGUUUGCGUUUAUUCUUAAAAGCAUCAUCUCAGUCAUCAUAUCAGGUCUGAUAUGUACUGGUGAUGGUUUCAAAUCACUAUUCACAGCGAACUGGACAGUAUUAGUUUGUAUGACACAUGAGGACAGUUCUGCAAUUAUUCCCGUAUACACUUUCUGGUAAACAGUUCAGCAGAAAACUGAACACUCAAGUUCCCUGUAGUGUGAGACACUGCUGUUGCAACAAGUAAAAUAUAAAUGUAGUUCUGAGAAGGUGCAUAUGCUCUGCCUAUGACUGUCUGUUUUCAAGAUUUCUUGCCUGAAGCCUUAAAAGCUUCAAGAAUAUUUGAAAAUGAAUAAGACGUAUGAAGUGAGUGUGUGCCAAUGUACAGUGAAGAUCUGGAACGGAUGCUGUUCUUGCGGUGUGAGUGAAUCAUUUUCAUGUACUGGAUUUUUUUAAAUAUGUUGCAUAAUUUAUUUACUGGCGAAAUAAAAAUAUUAUUUGAUUGAG